AUGUCGCCAUUGGUCGCCGACGGCGCCUGUCGCGCCUGGGGCGUGAGUCGCGCCGACGACGCGAGUCGCGCGGGCGACGUCGGGCACGCCCGCGACGUCAUCUGGGUCGACGUCAGUGGUUUUGCAUGCGCAAGUGCGGCGUGCUUCGCAUUCUCUGGCGGCGACGCCCCGCGCCAGCCAGAGGGGCCGCAGGGGCGGGGGGUUCCGCGCGAGCAGAGGGAGGAGCCACAGCCUAUGGUUGCCGAGGCUGGGGUGCUAGCCCAUAGCCCAGGUGCGGCUGCCGGCAGCGCGGGCGACCCUACGGCUUCAGACCAAGCGCUGUUCCAGCGCCGGCUUGCCGAAGCAGCAGGUCAACCUCUGACGGCGGAUAACUUGCAAUUGAUACUGGCCAGCCAACUGGCACCUAUCAAGCAGGACAUCGCGGCCAUCAAACAGCAUGGGGUCUCUCAGGAAAGCCUGAAUGAGCAGAUCGCGCCCCUCCAGGCGGCUGUCGACGACCUCACGGGGCGCGCGGCGCAGCGCAUCGUCGACGUUCUUGCUGCCGCGGUGCCCAGCUUGAUCUUCUCGGCAUGCGACGUCGGCAGCGCGUUCCUAAAAGCGUUUACUUCCGAGCAGGGUGCGGCGAGGUUGAUCCGCAAGUUUCCAGGGCUUGUGGAUUUCGACCUGGCCGUGGACGCGCUGAAGAUGGCCAUGCCUGGCUUUGGGUUGAAGGGCGCGCCUCGUCUCUGGAACGCGCGGCCCACCGCGGUCUUGCAGAUGUUGCAGCCCAUGCCGCCGUUCACGGACUCGCCGAUGUUUUGCAAGCGGCUGCGCCCACCCACUCGCAGCGAGCCGAAUAUCCGAAGCAUCAGCGAGAGUGACGUCGACGAGCUGCAUGUGAAGUUCAGCACUGAGCGUUGCCUCGGCCAUUCAGUGGACAAACGUAGUUUGAAGGGCUACCACCCAACCCUCGACGGCUUCCUUCUCUGCGGCGAACUUGUGCGCAUCUUCCAGCAGCUGGCCCUUCAGGUCGACGGCAAUUUCUCUUGGCGGAGCAGCGGCGGCACGGUGCGCUGCGUGCUGAUUUCGUUGCGCCGCAUAGGCUCCUUCCUGAGCCCCGGGCGGGGCCCGACGCCGAGGUCCCGGGUGCUCUUCGAGGCGCUGUCGCGGCGCCUGUGCGAGCGGCACAAGGACGCUGCCCCGCCGCCCCGCAGUGCUUUGCGCCGCACUGUGGAGGCGGUGCUCCACGGCCCGGUGCGCGACCGCGUGCUGCAGCUGGGCCUGCCCGCCUUCGGCGGCGAGGAGCUCGCGCUGCUGCUGGGGGCGCUGGCCCGGGCGCCGCCGGGCGCGGCCGGCGUGGAGGCCAUGGCCUCCGCGCUGCUGGAGCAGAUCCACACGCGGCUGGGCGAUCUCACGGCGCGGCAGCUCUGCUCCGUGGCCAGGUCCCUGGGCUACCUGCGCCCAGAGGCCCCGGACGUGCUGGCGGAGGUGCUCGGCGCUGCUCAGGCGGCGGCGGAGGCGGCGCACAGGGCGCGGCAGCCAGCGGCACCCGGCGAGGGCGAGGAGGGCAUUGACGAGGUGGCGCCCAGGCACGUGGCAAUGCUCCUCGGCGGGAUCGCGGCGCAGCCGCCGGAAGCGCUGCCAGACGCGCCAGCGAGGCUGCGGUCGCUCCUGCCGCUCGCCGCGGCCGCGGCCAGCGCGCGGACUACCGCGCAGACUGCUGCGCAGCUGCUGGGCGCCCUGCCGCGGUGCCCCGACGGCGCCGAGCGCGCGGCCGCGGUGGAGGCGUGCGCCGCGCGCCUGGCCGUCUGCGCCCGCGACCUUCCGGCGCGGUCGCUGGUGUCGCUGGCGGGCGCCCUGGCGGCGCUGUCGCCGCGAGAAGGCGGCGCCGCUCCCGGCGCGGGCGCGGCGGCGCUCCUGGCGGCGCUGCCGGUGUUGCUGGACAUAAAGCGGUACGACCUGCCGCCAGGCGUCCUCUGGCGCGCCGCGCGCGCCCUGGAGCACGCGGGCGCGCCUCCGGGGGCGCUGGCGCUCGAGCCCCGCGACCAGCCCGACGCGGCCGCGGCCAGCGCCGCGGUCGGCCCGCGCCAGCGGGCGGCGGGCGGGUCUCCGGCGGCGGGGCGCGGCCGGGUCUACCUGGCAAGGCCUUCGGAGGUCCGCGCGGAUUUCCGGCUGGGCGUCGAGUGGGCCAGCACCCACACCGACGCCCACGCCCACGCCCACGCGUCGGCGGGCUGCCCCCGCGGACUGGCUGGCCUCGACCGACCCCCAGGCCUGAAGAGCCCCGAGGCCACGGACGACGAGGGGCCUCCGCGUCUGCUGUCCGCCGAUGCGCUCCGGCCCGGGCUGCUGCUCGUGCUGCCCGCGGAGGAGUCCGAGGGCUCCGGCGCCAGGGCGCGCGGCGCACUGCUGCGGCCCACCAGGGGCCAGGCCCCUCACGAGGCUCCGGCGGCGCCGCUGCCCAAGAGCGCGGGCGCGGUGAAGCGGCCGGCGCCCGCCUGGGACGCCGGGCAGGAGCCAGCUGCAGAGCCGGGCUGGGACUCCUGGGGCGGAGCCCACAGCAGCGGCGGAGGGUCAGACGGUGCUCCGCGGCGGGCCGCCAAGAAGAACAAAGUGGAUGGUCCCGACGAGAAGCCCGCUUGGACGCUGGCGCCGGACGGGCAGCUUCGCUACUCCGAGAUCACCCCGCGGACCAUAGAAGCCUGGGAGCUCCAGUACGAUCACUCCGAGGAGGACUAUCGACACUUCGACGAAGGGUGUGAUCGCGAAGCGGAAGGAGAACGAGGCGGACAAAGCUGCACGGAUGAGAGCAGAGGAGGCGAGAGGGCGAAGACCCGGAGGGAGGAGGAGGAGACCAAGCGCCUGGAGCUGCGCGCCACCAUGGGCGUGCGCAAGGCGAUAAUGAAGAUGAAGACCGCCAACGAGUCAAACUGUGAGGAAAGCUGUUCGAGGAGCUGA